AUGACUUCCUCAUAUCAUCCGAACUCGCUAGGUGGCGAGGACGCCCGGUCCAAGCACUUCUCCCAAAGCGACACAUACUAUGACAGCAGAUACGACUCCUCUCCGCGUGCCGCAUCCUCCGAUUACCCUCGAAGCUACUAUCCAGCACACCGUGGGCGUUCUAGACGCCGAAGACCAAGUUCCAUUAUAUCCAGUGAUUCUUCAUCAGAUUCUCCCUCUCCACUGCGUACCCGGUCACGGUCACGCCGUCGGCACCACAGGCCAAGAUCUGUCUCCAGACGCCGCCACACUGAAGAUGUCGCCACCAAAGAAGAAAAGUCUUGGUACAACAAGAAAUCUUUGUGGACCGGGCUCGCAACCAUCGCUACUAUCGCCUCCCUUGUGCCAUCCGCAAUGGCGGUGAAGCAGACUGGGCGCUCAGCACGAGCGACGGAGAAAAGUGCUGCGGCAGUGACCAAAAGUGCUCGAGCGACAUUGCAGAGUGCCAAUGCUACGAAGAUGAGUGCCGGUGCCUCCAUGCUAGGUGCCAGAGCGGCUAUCAACAGUGGCGUUGCACAAGGCCAUAUGGACUUCGAUGGACGAUACACUGGUCCUGCGACUCAUAUGAGUGCCAGGAAGGCGAUUGACAACGGAGGGUAUCCACCACCUCUUCAAAGGGCUGUUGGCAUGACACGCCUUUCAUGA